UGUAAAUUGUCCCUUUCCACGUAUUGGAAUUUGGGAUCUUGCGCAAUUAUUUUUUCCAAUUGGUCUCCUUUUUUCCAACCUUUUCUAUCUUUAUUUAUCAUUGUUGAUUGAUUGAAUAGAUUUUGAAGUGUUUUCUGGAUGAUUAAACUGGGUUGAUUGUUGAUUGUAUAUAUUAUUGGUUGAAGCUGUGGUUCCUCAAAUGCUCGGGUUAACCAGAGCGCGAAAUCAGUCGAGAAACGGUAGAUCUUUGCCUGUUGUAGGCAUGGAUUUCGCUGAUCCAAAGCGGAAAGGUAAUGUCGUAGGUAAAAUAGUCGUAGCUGCUGGGUUAAUUGCAUUUUGCCUUAUUAUGAUCAAGCAGUUUCCAACUUUCAACAGCCCCAGCCAAUUUUCCCGCCGUGAAAUGGGUGUCACUCAUGUCCUGGUAACUGGGGGUGCUGGCUUUAUUGGAUCCCAUGCAGCACUAAGACUUCUAAAAGACUCCUAUCGUGUGACAAUUGUGGACAAUCUUUCUCGUGGGAACCUGGCUGCUGUUAAGAUUUUGCAAAAUGUUUCCAGAACCAGGAAGACUUCAGUUUGUAUAUGCUGAUCUGGGAGAUGCUAAUGUUGUAAACAAACUUUUCUCAGAAAAUGCUUUUGAUGUUGUGAUGCAUUUCGCUGCUGUUGCUUAUGUUGGAGAGAGCACUCUUGACCCUCUUAGAAAGUACGGUAUCCAGGUUAUAAUAGACCUGCACGCAGCACCCGGGUCACAAAAUGGGAAUGAACACCGUGCAACUAGAGAUGGAUCUCUUGAAUGGGCAAAAACUGAUGAAACUGUUCAACAAAGUGUUGAUGUUAUCAACUUCUUAGCUUCACGAUAUCUUGAUAACAAGAAAACUGCUGAAGAAAUGGAGCAGCAAUUCUAGAAUUCUUCAGCCAUUGAUUACAGUUUGAAAGAUGGAGGGACCCUUGUUCUUCAGUUGAAAAAAGUAAGCUCGUUAUUUGUCUGUUUCCUCACUGAUUAAAUAAAUAAUU